AUGAUGGAUUGUAACCUUGAAACAAUCAAUGAGAUAUCCAAUCAUUCCAAGUUGACCGAACUUUGUAUUAAUUCUUCUGAACUAACUCCCCAAUCUGCACAUCUAAUUGCAAAGUUAUCAAAUUUGACAAAUCUUUCUAUCAAUCGAUGCUCAAUCGCAGAUUUAGGUACCAAUAACAUAAGCCAAUUGAAGCAAAUUAAAUAUCUCCGAGCUUGUGAAAAUGGAAUUGGAUCUAUUGGAGCAAGAAAUAUUGGAGAAAUGAAAAAUUUAACAUUACUUGAGCUAAGUGGAAAUAGAAUUGGCGAUGAUGGACUCGAAUCAAUUGGUAAAUUGAGCAAAUUGGCUUACCUCGAUUUAGGGGAAAAUGAAAUAACAGAUCAAGGACUAAAAUCAUUGAAUAAUCUUGAGAAAUUAGUCACCCUAAAUCUAAAGAAUAAUAAGAUCACAAAUUUGGAAACUAUUUCUCACUUGAAGUUAACCAACCUAGAUGUAACAACAAACAAAAUUGGAAAUGAAGGAGCAAAAUACAUUGCUGAAAUGAAACGCCUUAAGGUUCUCCGUAUCAAUGAUAAUCAUAUCACUUCAGAUGGUGCUAAAAUACUAUCAGGAAUGACUCAAUUGACUUGCAUUUUUUUAUGUGAUAAUCUGAUUGGAGAUGAAGGUGCUUUGAGUAUUGGAUUGCUAUAUAAUUUGGAAUAUCUUGAUCUUAAAGGAGCAGGAAUCACAGGUGAAGGAUUAAAAACUAUCUGUGAACUAAUUAACUUGAGAAGGUUACACGUUUCUCAUAACCAAAUUUCAGAUUUAGGUGCCAAAUACAUUAGUGGAAUGAAUAAUUUGACAGCAUUGAACGUAUGCGAUUGUAACAUUGGCUUUGAAGGUGCACAAUUCAUCUCUAACAUGCAAAGUUUGGCUGAUCUUGACAUUACAAAAAAUAAUCUCACCACAAAUGGUAUUAAAUUAUGUAGAAAUAUGAAAACUUCAAAAAAAUUAAAAUAUUUAAAAAUUUAA